AUGUCGGUCUAUGACAAUGUGAGCAAAGGGUCCCUCAAAUUCAAAGGAGGCGAUGGGCCAUCUAUCAAGAAAAAGAAAAAGAAAUCCAAAAAGGACAAGGAAAAGCUCACCCGUGCGAUCACGGAAGAAGGAGAAUCACCUCAAAGAGUGCAUAUGAUUGAAAAGACCGAGGCAGAAAAGAAGUUUGAGGAAACGCAACGGAAACGGCAAAUGGAGCGCAUAGCUAAGGCUGCAGCCAAGUCCCACAAGGAAAAGGUUUCCGAGUUUAACAACAAGUUAGAACAGCUUAGCGAGCAUUACGACAUCCCCAAGGUCGGUCCUGGCUAA